AUGGCAAUAAAAAAAGGCAGAGGUGCCUCCACGAAACCGAAGAAGAGAAACAAGUUAAGGAACAUCAUCGACGAUGACUACAGCUCGGAACUGAGCAUAACGGCAGUCGGGGAACCCGACUACAACGAAGUGUUUGAGGUUGAAAAAAUCGUCAUGGCGAGGUACAAAUUGAACAUAAAGAGAAAAAAAAAUAGGAAGGAUGAAAGUCUUGACAAUUUUGAAUUCUUUAUAAAAUGGAAAAAUUACGAUAGUCAGGCGAGAAAAGCAGCACUGAAGUUGACAGAAGAAUUAGAAAUUGUAAAUGGGAAUGGAGCCAAUGCCAUUUCCAGCAUUGACAAUACUACGGGCGUCCCCGCAGGGGUGGUAGGAAGCCCAGGCAACAAUACAAAUGCAUUAAACGCAAUGAGCGGCAUGGUCCCCAUGAACGGUAUGGGUCCAAUGAACGGUAUGGGUCCAAUGAGUGGUAUGGUCCCUAUGAACGGUAUGGUCCCUAUGAGCGGCAUGGGCCCAAUGAAUGGUAUGGUCCCUAUGAGCGGCAUGGGUCCAAUGAAUGGUAUGGGCCCAAUGAACGGUAUGGCCCCUAUGAGUGCAAUGGGUCCAAUGAGCAGUAUGAACGGGAUGAGUGUGAACAAUAUAAGCAAAAGGAAAAAGGGAAUGAUGAAGGCGAAGAAAAACGAACUGAUGAAAAAAAAUCGAACAGGACUAGAAGAUGAAGAAGAGGAAGAGGACGAAGGAGUACGGGGGCCAAAAAUCUUAACGAACGAAAUGGAUUCCGCAAAUAAUCAUCCCAAUAAUUGCUUCCCCAGAAAUAUUAUGGACGAUGAGGAAGACGAUGAAGUUGAUGACGAUUUCAUAAAAAAUGAUACCCUCUUUAAAAAUAUGAACAUGAACAUGAAUCUGAGCAAUGCUAUGAAUGAGCAUUACGAGAAAAAUGACGCAACAUUUGGUCACAGAAAAAAAUUGGGAAACAUAAAGAGCAUCCUUUGUAUAUCCAACCGAAUUAACAACGGAAUUUCAAAUAAAAAUGAAAAAAUAGCGAACCAUGCAAAAAAUAAAAUACUGGAACGCCUUGAUAAAAAUUAUUACAUGAGACAAAAAAAUAAAUUUAACACCAUUUUGCAGAAUAAUAAAAAUCUGUUGGACCAUUUUAUCAACAGCAGAAACCAGGAACUCAGUAAUGAAACGGGCAAUAGUGGGAGGAGUAACGAUUUGAACAUCUUUGAUCAUUUCGAAAGUAAUUAUGACGAGGACAAGAGCAACAUGCAUCACUAUCCGUAUCUCUCCCACAGCCAUAGUCACAGCCGCAGUCGAAAUAGAAGCCACAGCCACGGUCGCAGCCAUGGGCCACCAACCCACGGUCAGCUCCAUGGUCAGGUGUCCAGACAAAUGUCCAGCCAAAUGCACAGCCAGACACACAGCCAAACGCACAGCCAAACGCACAGCCAAACGCACAACCGGGUGCACACCCACAACCUCCACCACACACAUGCAUAUGACGAUCCAAGUAACUUGCCAGCGGAGAGUUAUAAGAAACAGAAUGGAAUGAGUUUUUCGAAAAAUGUGACCAAUGAUGAUACGUAUCUGUAUUGGAAAGUCAGGGACAAGAGAAAGUAUGAGUCCCUCAACAUGGGCUACAGCAACAACUGCGCAGGUGCAAGCAGCAGAAUGGGUAACGGGGAUGUGCCCUUCGGGUUCGAAAGCAAAGGUUUGAAGAAGUUGAAUAGGAGCAGUAACAAUGGUAGCAGUACGCACGGCAGUAGCAACCAUGGAGGAAGCAACCGUAGCAGUAGCAACCGUGGAGGAAGCAACCAUGAAGGAAGCAACCAUGAAGGAAGCAACCAUGGAGGAAGCAACCACGUAGGAAGCAACCACGUAGGAAGCAAUCACAUAGGAAGCAAUCACGUAGGAAGCAACAACGAUGGAAGCAACAACGAUGGAAGCAACCACGUAGGAAUAAACAACGAUGGAAGUAACAAUGACGCCACCGACAACAGUAGCGGAAACAAUAACAGCAGCAGCAACAAUAAUGGAGGCGCGAACAGCAACGUGGUUGAACAUGGAGAUAAUGUGGAUCACACGUAUGAGGAUGAAUUUUUAUCCCAAAGAAGGUGCAAUUCGUCGAGCUCAUCCGAACGAAUCUACAUGACGGAGGAAGUGUUUAAUCAGUUUGGAGGAAAAAAAGCUACUUCUGAAAGAUACAAAAAAAAGGCGGAGGUAGACGAACAAGAACCAUUCAGUAGUAACAAAACGAGAAAGAGUUAUCCCAAAAUGGGUGCAUCAUCAGAUGGAAGGAAUAACAAAAAGGAUACAUUCUACAUGAACGAUUUUUAUGGCAAACAGAACAACCAUCAGUACAUCAUAGUGAAGAACGAGCUGAUGGAUCAAGAGAACAUGAGCCCCAAGGAGAAAGGAAAAUUUGUCGCUUCCCAUUUGAGUAGUGCCAAAGGGUUAGAGAACGAAAAGGUUAGCAACAGCAGUCGUAGCAGCAGCAAUUGCCUGAAUAACAGCAGCGCAAUCGGUGCUGCUCCACCCCAAUACACUACCACCAAUCAUAUAAAAAAGAAGAAGAUAAGCGAAAACAUAAAAAUCGACCAUCGGGAGAAGUACGUCAACCACGUCACUAGCAGCAGCGUGAGCGGCGGAAACGUCAGCGGAGGCAAUAAUGUCACGGGAAGUGGAAGCGCAAAUGUCGGCGGAAAUGUCAGCGGAAGCGGAAACAACUGCCUGAACAAACUCAACGUGGGAGAAAACAAUAACAACAACAACAACAGUAACAGUAACAACAAUAAUAACAACAGCAAUAACAACAGCAAUAACAACAGCAAUAACAACAGCAACAACAACAACAAUAACAACAGCAAUAACAACAACACCUGCAUUAUAAACCAUAACAAUACAAACUACAUUACCAUUAACAACCAUAACAAGAAAUCGUUGUACAAAAAUAAAUCGCCAUCCAAAUUGUCAUCAGGAAAUAUUUUUAAAAAAAAAGUGAGCACCUUUAAAAAGAGCUUGAAGAAAUUUUCAAAAAACGGGUCGAACACACAUGUGCACACGUUAAACAUACAUAGGCUGAAUGGCAUGAAUGGAAUGAGUGAGCAGAAGGGGAGCUAUCGAGACUAUGAAGGUACGUCUAACUCGAGAGAAAUUGUUUACAGGAAGAAGUAUGCAACGGAGAAUAUGAACUUGUACACGGAUGAGAGAAUGCACUUCGAGGAACAUGGGGAGAAGAAGGCCAAGACUUGCUUCAUGCAAGAGAAUGACGAUGCUCAUCCUGGUACCGAGUACGUGGACGUGAUAGACAGGACCAAGGGGGCACCAGUUAGCAGCGCUGGAAAUAUGGGUGGAAGCAGCGUCCGAAGCGGAAGUAACAGCCUUAGCGGGGGGAACACAUCAAACGAGGGGAACACAUCAAACGAGGGGAACACAUCAAACGAGGGGAACACAUCAAACGAGGGGAACACUUCAAACGAGGGGAACACUUCAAACGAGGGGAACACUUCAAACGAGGGGAAAAACCAGGGAAGGUGCUGCAACAGCGCAGAGGAACACUCAUUCGAGGGAAGCGAGCCGUACCUCUCUAACGGAUUGCACAACGUGAACUCCCUCUACGAAAUGUACUUGAAUGAGCGAAGUGACAGAAUGGGUAGCAUACCGGAGGAGAGCAAAGGGCAAGAGAAUGAGUGCCAUUACAAGCAGGAAGAGGACAAAAACGAAAAAGGGUACCCAAAAAAUAAGAUCAACUAUCUACCCGAAAAGGGGUACCAAAAGGAAAAUACGACAGACAGCCUGGGCAAAAAAAGCGCCAUCAAUUUCAUGCAAGACGACGUAAAUAAAGAAUCGAAAAACAACGCAAGUGGAAAUACCAUUCCGAGGCACAUAUUUAACAGCUCAGAAAAUUACACAUCUGACGAGAUCCUCAAUACGAAUAACACCGAGUAUGAAGAGAAUGAAGUGAAAUCUCCGAACAGGAGAAAUUACCAAAGGAAUGAAAAAAUUAUGGUAAUAAAUUGCUACCAAAGAGAUACAGAUGAUAAACUGAAGGAUUGUAUCAAUAGUCAAGUGUCCAGUAAUGCCAUUUUGGAAAGUAAAAAAAGUCUACAUAAGAGUCACCCUCAGCUGUAUGGAGUGACGGAAGAAAAAUAUGCUCUUAACCAGUUUGCCCCGCAGGAUAUCAAAUACUUUGACGAGGUCAACAACGACGAGAAGGGUAAUGAUGCGAUUAGCUCCGUCGAGUAUGCUGAUGGCUCAUCUGUAUAUGUGGGGAAGAGCGAUAUGAUGAGGGCCCACAGAAAGAGUGGCAAAAGAAAUGUGAGAAGUAAGGCCAACAUAAAAGAAGACGGCGACGAAGAUGAAGCAGAAGGAGAAGAAGACGAUGAAGAAGAAAAAGAAGAAAUACUUGAAUAUGUCAGAAACGUGUUCAACAAAAACGGGACGUGUGCUAAUGGAAGCGCAAGUGUUAGCGGUAGCGUACAUGACAAAAAGGAUAAUUCAAACGGCUACCCCAGAAAUAAUGCUCAAAGGGAACAAGUAGAAAACUCACACUCUUUUAAAAAAAUUAAGCUCACCGAUUCGGAUGCCCCAAACAGGAAAGGAGGUGAAGAAGGGAAGAAGAAAAAAACACAAAGGGUUAGAAGUUCAGUCGAUGCCAGUGACGAUAUGAGGCUCAAACUGCAGGAAAGCAAAGGCAGCGCGUUGUUUGCACAUGACGAGGAAGUGAAUCGUAAUCGUAAGGGAAACUACUCUUCGAGUGACACCUCAAACAGGGUGAGAGGCGCGAAAAAAGUGGGCCACUACAAGAAAGCGGGCCCGAGGAGGGCGGAACACCGCUCAGUUGGCGCCUACGACAGGGGAAGUAGCAGUGUGGAUGCAGCAGGAAGCGGCGUUAUCGGCAGCGGCGUUAUCGGCAGUGGCGUUAUCGGUAGCCUUUCCGGAAGCGGCUGCCAGGACGCCGACAUGAUAAUAAACAUAAAGGACGUGUUGAGUACGGAAAAUGAAAAGUGCGAUUACUACAUCAGCUUCUUGGAAAACGUUUUGAGCGCGCUAAAGGAAAAGCGGUCAUGCCAAGCGAACGAGGGGUAUUUGAUAAACGAACUGAAGCUGAACGUUGCUUCCCCGAAAAGCAUGGAAAUUGUGAAGAGGUCCCCAAAUUUGUCGCAAAAAGAUGUGCAGCAUCUCUCCGAGGAUAAACAGAUGGCCAUGAGUAAUCAUCGAAAAAUGAAUAGUAAGUGCCCCGACGAAAUGGGAAAAUUUCCGAAGUACCCAAAGAAAGUCCUUUUUGAGAACGCACUCCAGGAUCAUAGCAAGUCGAAGCAGAUGCGACGCAAGAACAUUCUCUACAGUUGCAACAGCAUGGUAGCUGAUGGUGUUGGAAGUUGCAACGGCGGCAUCGUCAGCGGAAGCAACAACAGCGCCAAAUGCAGUAGUGGCAGUUGCGCCCCCUUUAAGGCUAACCACGAUGUGCAUGUGGAGGAGACGAACGGCCCAAAUGUUCAUCUUGGUCACUUUGAGAACAAGCCGAACUCGGAGCGAAAAACAAAUGGAGAGAAAAAAGUCGUGACAUCCCACCUGAGCAAAAAAAACGAGAAAAAGAAAAGGAAAAAAGAAGUGGAUGAGGAUAUCGCAUCGAAGGUGAACCCAAGCGGCAAAACGGGAGCGGCUAAAAAAACGGAGGCGCUAAAAAUAGACCAUGCAAAGGAAUCCAAAUCGUUGCAGGAUGUCUCCAAGCAAAGCAGCAUCAAUAGCAGCAUCAACAACGGCAUUAGCAACGGCAUCAACAACGGCAGCAACAACGGCAUCAGCAACGGCAUCAGCAACGGCAUCAACAGCGGCAUCAACAACGGCAUCAACAACGGCAGCAGCAGGGACGGUGCAGAACAGGUUGAACCCAAAGUGAAGUACGCAAAACUAGAAGCGUUGAACAUCCCCAUUGUCAAAAUGAAUUACAUGGAGAGAUACUUCGAGUAUAGCGAAUCCAUCGACAAGCUAGCGCUGAACAACAUAGACGCACUCAUAAAAAACAUGAACGUAAUCAAUUUUUAUAACGGAAAAAAUAAAAAGAGCAUUAAUUUUAUUAAGGGAAAUUUCCAAGUACACCUGUUAGAAUCUUACACCAACAUUUUGCUCUAUUUUGAUAUUUUUAGCGACUUCAGACAUUAUAAUUUUAUUUUUAAAAAUUGCGAAUUUAUUAACAUUUUGCUCGAUUAUGUGUGCGAUACAAAAACGGAGAGCAGAAAUUUCAGCUCAGACAAUUCGUUCAACGAAUUGACAAAAAAUAUUUUGUUGUUUGAUGAAAUUUUUAAAUUGAAUAAUAAAUUAAAUGAGUUUUUUAAGGAUAUCUUUUUGUCUAUAAAUGUGAAGCCUAAUUUGUUUUUUUUUCCUUCUCCCGAUUAUUUUGAGCGAUUUUACCUGCACUUGAGUGCCAAAACGGAAGCUGCAGAGCAGGCUAGCCAUGACGAAAGGACCAUGGAGGUGGGGCAAUCGGAAGAGGCAGAUCGAGACAGUGCAGAGGCUCACCAUGAUGUGCACUCUGAGGAAAGCCACACGCAGGGAAACACCGGCGGUAGUAACGCUUGGGAGGACUCAGCAGCGAACGGCGUUGGACAGGAAGAAGUUAGCCAAGAAGUCAGCCAAGAUGCUAGCCAAGAAGUCAGCCAAGAAGUCAGCCAAGAUGCUAGCCAAGAAGUAAGCAACGAGCCCAGCAACGACACGGGGGUGAUCCCCGAACGAGCCGCUUCCCCUCCGCAGGAAGAAAACAGCGCAGAGCGAGGAGCACAAAUCAGAGAAGUAGAAGAAGUAGUAGAAGAAGAAGAAGAAGAAGUAGUAGAAGAAGAAGAAGAAGUAGUAGAAGAAGAAGAGCCAUUCGCCCAGGUACCGCAUUUGUCCACACCGACUGAUGAGCCACUUAACCAGUGGGAGAGUAAAAAUGAAAACGAAGUAGAGGGAGAUCACUAUUACGAUGAUAAGGAGCACGCGCCAAGUGCUGAAACGCAUGGAAGCGACCUCGGAAGGAAGGCGGGAGCAGAUGCUAUAGUGCAGAAUGAUGACCCAUUAGUAGAAAAUGAACCAAAGGAGGCGUCAAACGAGGCAUCAAACGUGCCUCCCCAUGCAGGCACAACAGACAGUGGAUCCAACCUAAUAACUGACGACAGCAAUACUGGUGAGUUAAAUCCGUCAAGCAGCAUACAAAGAAUGAAUAAUGGUGUGAACAUCGAUUCGAAUAGUCAGCUGGAAUGCAUCUCUAACAACUCCAACGACCAAGUAGAUGAUGGUUCCUCCGUGCAGCAAAAUAACUUCAGUUGGGACGCCACUUCGAAAGAGGUUACAGAAGAUCCUCAUAACCAGGACACACAUUUAAAAUCCAUUUGGGAUACGCAAAAUGAAAAUCAUGUCUCCAUGAACGAAUCCGAUGACGUACCUGUACUACAUGGUAACAAAGAAGAAAGGGACAUAAAUGAGAAACCUAAUUUCCAUAUGGAAUUAACUAUGGGAGAGGUUGCAGAAGGAGGAAAUUCAAAAGAAGGAAAAAAGGAAUCCUCUCAAAGUGAUACUCCCAAUGAGGAGAGCGAUGCUGAUAUUAUUCAUAAUAAGGAUGAGGGGGAUGUAGAAAAAGAUGCUAGUAGCGUUCUUCCUGCGGAAAUUGGAGAAAAUGGUUUAAUUGGAGAGACCGUUGAAAAAUCAGUGAACGAACAAUAUAAUAAGCGAAACUGUAGCAACAGCAGUGCAGCCACAGCCACCACCACCAGCGCCACUGUUAACAUCAAUGGUACUGCGAAAAAUGUGUGCAAAGAUGACAGGGAUGCGAACGCCUGCCGCAGGAAUGACAUAGACAAUAACGAUUAUGACGAGAACAAUAAUAAUAAUAAUGAUACCUCUGGGCGCAGCGUCUUCAAGGGGAAUGCGCGCGCCAGCUUGGGUAAUAACAGCGGCAGCACGCAGAAUACCAGCGGCAGUACGCAGAAUACCAGCGGAUGCAAUGACGGCUCGAACAGUGCCCAGGGGAGCGGCAGUGAUAAUGAUAAGCAUGAUGAAAACGAUGACAUCAGUAGGGACAGCGCCAAUGACAGCGGAAACAAGGCGGCCCUGUUUAAACAAAAUGACGACAUCAUGAAUGCAGAGGAUAGUCAGAGCGACAUCCCCCUGAUUUCUCUUCUCAAAACGUGA